GACGUAGGUCCGGAGAAGAGAUGGGGCGUGUGCGCGUGCAGAAAAAGAGCCUCUGGCUAGGGUGCUGCUGAGGACGUUCCUACAGUUACUGCUGCAGCAGAGGAGCACAAUUACCCCACCCUCUAUUCCUGCAUAUGGUGCUCUGUUUCCUUAGAAGCUGACUUAAGAACAAGUCAGCACUCAGCUCUCUGCUUUACUCAGUGAAAUAAAACAUGGCCAAAGUUGAGAAGUUUGCUUUUCACGUUCCUACUUUGGAAGAACUUGUUGGAGUUCUGGAAAAUGGAUUGAAGGAAAACUUUGCAGAUGUCCAAGUUUCUGUGGUGGACUGCCCUGAUCUGACACAAGAACCUUUCAAGUUUCCUGCUAAAGGUAUUUGUGGCAAGCCUAGAAUUGCAGAUGUGGGGGGUGUUCCGUACCUUGUGCCCCUCGUACAAAAAGAUAAGGUUUAUGACCUGAACACAGUAGCAAAAGAAAUACAGCUGCCUGGUGCAUUUUUCCUUGGCGCUGGAGCGGUUUCAUCCAGAAUUGUUGGAGGCAACGCUGAGCUUAUUCCUGUUGUUCUAGCUAAAAAUGAGGGAAAAGCUGCUGUCAACGAGAGUUACGUUGCCAAGAUUAAUCCGGAGGAUGGAGGGUGCUUGCUGGAGAAAUACAAGUCCAAAGAUAAGGACUGCGAAUUUGGACUUUUGGCCAACCUGUAUGCCAGUGAAGGCCUUCCUGGAAAGGUGAUUGAAGUGAGAGCGAAUAGGAGAACUGGCGAGCAGAACUUCAUAUCCUGCAUCAGGAAAACCUUAGAAAAAUAUUAUGGUGACAAACCGGUUGGGAUGGGUGGUACAUUUGUUAUCCAGAAGGGAAAAGCAAAAAUACAUGUUAUGCCUUCUGAAUUUUCAGCCUGUCCCUUGAAUACAGAGGAGGAUGUGAACCACUGGCUGAAGUUUUUUGAAAUGAAGGCUCCGCUGGUUUGCCAGCCUGUGCUAGUUUCUCAAGAUCCGGGCUUUGAUCUGCGUGUGGAGCAUACCCAUUGUUUCAGCCACCAUGGCGAAGGAGGACAUUAUCACACAGACACAACUCCCGAAACUGUCGAGUACCUGGGGUAUUUCGUGCCUGCUGAGUAUCUCUUCCGAAUCGAUCGACCGAAGGAGACGCACAUGGUUGGCCGUGAUUAAUUUGGCAUGGGAUCAAGUCUGAGCAGGAAGCCAGUUGUGACUGAGGAAUAAGAAGCCAACUGAAUAAGGGCCAUUUGCUUUUAUCCCAAGGCAUGUUAUAAAUAUGUCUAAUCAUCGCAGAAAAAUAGCACUUAUUUUGCUUAUUUACUUUUAAAAGGGCACCAUUUAUUGAUAACUUCAAAUGAAGCCACAUCUAAAUCUUAUGCCAAAGACCACUAGGAGUCAAACUGUUACUUAAAUAUUUGAGAUUUGGGGGAUCUCUCCCCUUUUUCCUUUCAUUCAUUGGCAACUAGUGGUAGGCUGAAAUGCUAUAAACAGUUACCUGAAACUAAGUCCUAUUGAAAUCAGUGUAGCUUAAUUCUGAAUAUACGUACUUGGUGUGGGGGCAUCUCUCUGACGGAUGCCACUGUGAUGCAAUACCUUCCACCCCAUGAAAAUAUCUCCCUCUCACUCUGAGUUCAAAACUUAAAUUUGGGAGUUUUCAUCUAAUGCCUGUUUUAAUUCUGUUCGGUCAUUUGUUUCUUUUUCAAGUUAUAAUCUGAUGUUCAUUUUCCACCACACUAGUCAAUGCAAAGCCUUGGAUUUCUAAAGUGAGACUCCACUUGGGAUUAGUACACUAAAAUUCUGCUUAUGUGCCUCCAGGUUGGUUAUUCUGCGAGCAUCGUAGGGAAAUAUGAUAAAUUUGAUCCAACGUGGCUUUUCUGAGUCAAAGCCAUGUUUGCCUUAAAACGGUUAGAGGCCGAAACAAAAGCUAACGACCACCUGCUUUCUAAUGUGUCAAAAUGGGAUUCAGGUGGAAUGUUAUUUUGGGUGUAUGCUGUCCAUGUGCCAUAUAUUCAAUAUACAUUUUCCUUUUGAGAGGUAUUUAUUAAAAAGUUGAGAAUGUCUGUGGCUCCAUGUCCAAGAUAAUUCAGAAUAUAUAGAGUUAUUCAUGCCAGUAUUUCUUCCAAGAUCAAUAGGAUACCCUGUGUGGUGUAGUGGAUAGAGUGAUGGACUAGGACUCUGGAGAAUAGCGUUUGAAUACCCACCUGGCCAUGGAAACUCAUUGGGGGAAUGGAAGUGGUAAAACCACUCCUUAAAUAUCUCACUCAUCCUGAAAACCCUAUUACGAUUGCUAUAAGCCUCUUCCAACUUGAUGGCACAUAACGAAUCAUGAAAGGCACUAUGUUUUUAAAACACUUUCUUAAUUGGAAGGGGGGCAGAAAUCAAGAGAUAGCAAUAAAUAGGAAAACGGAGAUCAACGAAACUCAGAAAUCAUAUUGGCUAUACAAGGCAUAAUUAAAUGGUAAAUCGCCCAGACAGUAUUUUCAGCAUUAUGAGACAGUUUAUAAGCAGCCCACUUUGCUUUGAUAUAGCAUCACACUUCAACUGCAAAUGAAAAAUCUGGAAAAGGUCAUAGGAGGAAAAAGGAAAUUGGCUACAACAUCUUAUAAUAAUUAACACGGAAAGUUUGGGGUUAAUGAUGGGAAGCCCUUUUAGCCAACUGAGAGGGAGAAAAAUUACAAAGUAUUACUUUACACUUGUGACAUUUGUUGAAGAGUCAACCUUUUGACUUAAUUUUUGAUACUACAAAUAAAAUUUGCUAAGUUGUG